UCAUCGCCUUUCUCUUUACAAACCUAAAUCAGCUUUCACCUUUCUUUUUUCUCACUCGCUUUCCUUGGAAUUCCGUGAAGCUUCUUACAGUUUUUUCAGAUCCAAGAGAUCACCGUAAUCAAACCAAAUACACCUAGCUAGCUAAGAAAUGGAUCGAAAACCACUCGACACGAACCCAAAACACGAUGAAACAUCGUCGAUAUUCGGAGGUUCAAACAUGAAGAGAAGUGCAUCAGAGUUGGAUUUUGAAGAAUUUUUAAGACCAAUUACUACAACUAAUACUAGUGAUAUCAUCAUUUCUCAUCAUCCAUAUCAAGAUCAGGGUUUUGUUAGUAAUGAUUUGGGUGAUUUCAGUUUUUAUGAUCAUCAACUAAAGGAGAAGAUUCACCCUUUUUCAAAUGGUGGUGGUGGUGGUGGGCUAAUGAGCAACAAUGAUAUCUUCGUAUGGUCUUCUCAAAAUGCAGCUCUCCACAAGUUUGCAGCCAUUUCUCCAACCAUGGAUUCACAAUCAUCGAUUUGUGGUCCUGCAUCCAGUGGUAUAACAUUUGCCUACACUCCUGCAACUGGGUCAGCUGGAAGUCCAACAUCAGUUCAUAAUCCAAACAUAGGAGGAGAUGCUCAAGGCGUAGGAGCUACAAGUGGGUCAUCUUCAAGGGAGCAGUCUGAUGACGAUGAUAUAGAGAUCGAAGGUGGUUCUUGUGGACAAAGCAUGGAUAAUGUUGACGUCAAACGUAUCAGAAGAAAGGUUUCUAACAGAGAAUCUGCACGAAGAUCACGAAGAAGAAAACAAGCACAUCUGGUUGAUCUUGAAUUACAGGUUGAUCAAUUAAGAGGAGAAAAUGCUUCACUGUACAAGCAAUUCAACAGUGCUGAUCAUCAAUUUAAGGAAGCUGCUACUGACAACAGAGUUCUUCGAUCAGAUGUAGAAGCUUUGAGAGUAAAGGUGAAACUGGCAGAGGACAUGGUCGCUCGUGGAUCCCUAACGUGUAGUUUGCACCAUCUCUUGCAAAAUUAUUCGAAUUCACCUCAACCACAUAUUAUUACCAACAACAUACCUAGAGUUUCUGACAUAGCAGCAAAUCUCGGGAUGCAAGGAGAUGAGGCGUCUUCAUAUGUUGGUAUUCCAAAUUCAGGACAGAUAUCAAACAUCGGAAUAGAUGGUGUUAAUACCCAUAAUGGAAAUAAUACCAAGAACAGAAUGAACCGAAAUAACAAUACACCUCCAUUACAAAGGAUUGCAAGCAUGGAACUCCUACAAAACACCAUUGUCAGUGAAGCUCUUAGCUGCCUGUCAGAGAUCUGGCCAUAAGCCUCACAUGUGAAAGAUGAAUCGUUACAAGACUGGUGACUGAAAAAGCUUUUACAUAUAUAAAGUGUGUUGACUAUUACAGUGUUCCUAUGUGUUGGUAUUAGUAUUUGUAGGCUUAUAAAAUCACUUAACAAACUUAUGAGUAUUUAACUCAACUCUAUGUUAAUUAAUCAGGCAUAUGUUUGCUAAUGUAAUAUUCUACGACAUCACUGGUUUGUUAAUGAUCAAAUAUGAGUUUUCAA